CCCUGACGCACGCCUGGCAUGCAAACAUAAAUUUAGCAGCAACGUGUUUGCUGUUAAGGGGAACCAAAUAUCUGGAAACGUCCGUGGAGAGUCAUGUCGUCUCCGUCCUGUCUUGGCUGACUUUCACCUUUUCCUCCUCCGCUUGGGAACCGGAGCCGGAGCUCAGCAGAGCAGAGCAGAGCGGAGCGGAGAGGACCGGACCGCUUUCUGGUUCUGAACAGAGAGCGGGCACAUUCAGAGGCGUCACUCAGCAGUUUGAAAUUACUCUGAGUCUGUUUGCGGCCGAGAUGAUGACUUGCAACAGUUUGUGGACGGCUGGACUGCUUCUCCUCGCGGUGUGCGUGAAGGUCGCUGUGUGGGCUGGUGAAGGGGACGCCGUCUUUAUCAGGGAAUUCACUCUGAUCCGAAGAGAUCACCUUUCAGAAGAGCCCCUCCCUGGUGGCGGCCAUAAACCAGAUGAUCCAAACUCAAGGACGGCCAGAUCGGAGGAAGAUAGGGACACGCUGUGGGAUGCCUGGGGCUCAUGGAGCGAGUGUUCUCGUACGUGUGGCGGAGGAGCCUCAUAUUCAUUAAGACGAUGUCUGAGCUCCAGAAUCUGUGAAGGGCAGAAUAUCAAAUAUCGCACAUGCAGUAAUGUGGACUGCCCUCCGGAUGCUGGGGACUUCCGGGCUCAGCAGUGUUCAGCUCACGCAGAUGUUCGAUACCAGGGAGAGUUCCAUGACUGGCUACCUGUUUAUAACGAUCCAGAAAACCCUUGCUCUCUCAAGUGUAAAGCCAAGGGCUCGGGCCUUGUGGUGGAGCUGGCGCCUAAAGUGCUGGACGGAACACGCUGUUAUACCGAGUCUUUGGACAUGUGCAUCAGCGGAGUCUGCCAGAUUGUAGGAUGUGAUCAUGAACUGGGAAGCACAUCGAAGGAGGACAACUGCGGCAUCUGCAACGGAGACGGCUCAUCCUGCAGAUUGGUGCGAGGUCAUUACAAAUCCCAGCAUGUUUCAGGGAAAACUGAGGACACGGUGGUAAUCAUUCCAUAUCAGAGCCGUCAUGUACGUCUGGUCCUAAAAGGCCCGGAUCACUUGUAUGUGGAGGGUAAAACCCUACAAGGGGUAAGAACUGAAGUGAUGUUGGACCGAUCUGGGCAGUACCACCUGGAGAACACCACCAUGGAUUUUCAGAAGCUUUCAGAUAAAGAAAUCCUCAGAAUGAUUGGUCCUCUUGGAGCUGACUUCACCAUCAAAAUACAGUUUGCCAGUGAAGCAGACAGUGUGAUCCAGUACAUCUACUAUCAGCCCAUCAUCCACCGCUGGAGAGAGACUGACUUUUUCCCUUGCUCUGUCACUUGUGGUGGAGGUUACCAGCUAACAUCCGCAGAGUGCUAUGAUAUACGAACUGGUCGGGUGGUGGUGGACCAGUAUUGCCAUUACUACCCUGAAAAUGUUAAACCCAAACCCAAGCUGCAGGAGUGCAACAUGGAACCUUGCUUGGACAGUGAUGGUUACAAAGAAAUUAUGCCAUAUGACCUCUACCACCCCUUGCCUCGCUGGGAAAGCAGCCCCUGGACAUCUUGCUCCACCUCCUGUGGCGGCGGCGGCAUCCAGAGUCGCUCUGUGACAUGUGUGGAGGAAGACAUGCAGGGUAACAUGACCCCCACCGAAGAGUGGAAGUGUCUCUAUUCUCCAAAGACGGCAAUCCUGCAGCCCUGCAACGCUUUCAGCUGUCCAACCUGGGUGGCACAGGAAUGGUCGCCUUGCACAGUGACCUGUGGGCAGGGUCUGCGGUACAGGGUGGUUUUAUGCAUCGAUCACAGAGGGCUCCACGCCGGAGGCUGCAACCCCACCACCAAACCCCACAUCAAGGAGGAGUGUCUGGUUACUGUGCCCUGCUACAAAGCCAUAGACACGCCACCUAUUGAGGCGAAACCUGUCUGGCAAAAACAGGCCAUUGAGCUGGAGGAGGAAGUGACAGCGACCGAGGAACCAACCUUCAUUACUGGUCCCUGGCAGCCCUGCAGCAGAACGUGCGGUGCCGGGACCCAGCAGCGGGCGGUCAAGUGCCAGGUGUUGCUGUCUUUCUCCCAGACCGUUGUGGACCUGUCUGACGAUGAGUGCGAGGGGAAAAAACCCCCACCAGUCCAGCUGUGUUAUCGCAAACCCUGCUCAGGAGGGCCUGGCGAAGGGGAUAAAAGUGAAGAAGAGGAGGAGCCGCCACGAGGGGGGGACCUACUUGACUGGGAGCAUGAGGGCUAUACAGCAUGCUCGGAGAGUUGUGGAGGAGGUGUGCAUGAAGCCGUUAUUAUUUGCCUGAACAAGCAGACCAGGGAGGCAGCAGACCAAAGCCUGUGUGUGAGCUCACGUCGGCCACCUCCACUCCUCCAGGACUGUAAUACCCACCCCUGCCCACCGAGGUGGCAAACAGGGGAGUGGAGUUUAUGCUCUGCCACUUGUGGUGUUGGUCUGAUGACGCGGACUGUAAUAUGCACUCAUCAGCCCUCUCCAGACAGCAACUACUCUACAGUGUUGAAAGAUGAACUGUGUCAGAAGCCCAAACCAAGUCCUUUCCAAGCCUGUAACCGUUUUGACUGCCCUCCUACAUGGGACAGCGGGGACUGGAGCCAGUGCUCCCAGACUUGUGGUGGUGGAGUUCAGAAAAGGAAAUUGUUUUGCAAACAGAGGCUGGCAGAUGGCAGUAUCCUUGAACUUCCCGACACCUUUUGUCCAUCCAGGACUCCUGCAAACCAGCGCCCAUGUGGCAGGCCAGACUGCUCACCUCAGUGGGUCACGGCUGACUGGUCUCAGUGUUCAGUAACAUGUGGAAAUGGCAUUCAGACUCUGCAAGCUGUUUGCAGAAGGCAGGCAGAGAAUGGGCAAUAUGAUAUUACUAACUCGACGAACUGUUCCAUGAUAACCCGUCUCAUGAGGAUCCGCUCAUGCUUUCUCAGGCACUGUGAAGUUUCCCCGAAGACUGAUGUCACCAUACUUGCCCAGAGGAAGGUCUACAUUCAGUGGAAGAAGUCUAAAAAGGUGCAGCUGGCUGUCAGUGGUUAUGCAUACCUCAUGCCCUGGACAACGUUAAUCCUUCGCUGCCCAACACACAACAUCAGUAAGGGCCACAUUCAGUGGCUUAAAGAAGGUAAACCCUUGGUGAACCAUCCUCAGUUUUCCAUAAAAUCCCAAGGGUAUUUGAAGAUUCAGCAAGUUCAUCCAACUGACGCUGGAAUCUACACGUGCACUGCAGGCUCUGCACGAGAACAUUUUGUCUUACACAUCCUUGGCAGCAAGAAGAAACUAACCAUUCCAGAGCCGUGGCUGAUUGAAAGUGGGCAACACAAAACUGGGCUUCAAGAUAAAACCUCAACCAGAGGAACUUUUCAGGAAUUACCCAUACCCCUCAACAAAUAUGACAAUGUUGUGGAACAUUUGCUGGAGCUUAAAGGUUAUUACUACAAUAAAAAAUACCUUGCUGACAAACCUUACUCAAGUGAAAAGAACAAGUUGACUCUGGAGAAUAAAAGGACAAAUGCAGAAUCUCCAGCCCGGGCUGUACUUGUUACCGAUAGCACCAAGUUAGAUGAGAUCAUGCACAACCUUUCUGAAGGCUUUGGGGGAACACAGGGGGAAUAUUUUAUCAUGCAGUUCCUCAGUGAACUUGCAAUGACGCAAGGAGAUGUCAAUGAAUCUACCGUUCACCCACCAGAUGGCAGAGAAUCUUCCACAGACAGACCACUCCUUCAUAAGCCAAAUCUCAAAACCCACACUUCAAGAGCUGGGAGUCCAGAGAUUAUCCAGCAGCCUAAGAAAGUCAUUGUAGCGCCUCAGUCUAAAGUUGUUGUUCAUGUUGGGACACCAGUUUUUCUGCAGAAACCAGUUGCUUCUUUGGAGCUGAGGUGUCACCCCAUCAGGGACGCUCGACCAGCUAUAAUGUGGACAAAAAAUGGAAAUCCAUUGCAUUUUGAUGGCAGAGUUGGGGUUUCAGCCUCCGGGUCACUGAGGAUCCAGUUUCCUGGUAAAGGAGAUGAGGGACUGUACACCUGUACUGCCAAAACUCAUCAUGGAAGUACAUCUUUGUCAUCUUGGCUGCGGAUUACAAGUAGUAAAGGAAGAAGCUGUUUCCAUGGUAACAGCACUGACCAACCUUGUGUUGAGGAGACAAACAGCAGUCAGUCAGCCGAGCUUUGCAGAGGACAAGCCUGCCCCCUCAGCUGGGUUAGAUGGCGAGUGGAUGCCUGGGGCCCAUGCUCGGCCUCUUGUGGAGGGGGAUCCCAGUCUAGAAGUGUUCAUUGCAUGAUGGGUCCCGAGAGCAGUUUAAGAGAAGUGCAAAGCAGGCAUUGCCUGGGAAAAGGAAAGGAACCAUCUAAUACCAGAUUAUGCAAGAUUUUGCCCUGUGCCAGAUGGGUCACAAGCUCUUGGGGACUGUGUCAUGGCCGAUGUGUGGGUGCCAGUUUGGCUAUGCAGCAUCGGCACGUUCACUGCAAAGACACAAAUGGUACCCAAGUUUCAUACAGGAUGUGCCGUGGUCUCAGGAGGCCCAGCUCAGUGAAAAAUUGCUCCACAGAUGCAUGCUCCAUUUACUGGCACGUAGGGCCAUGGACACAGUGCACGGCCACCUGUGGCCGACACGGUUUUCAGUCCCGUCAGGUGACCUGCAAACACCAUCGAACAGGCAGGACGACACGAGAACACCACUGCAUGUGGAGACCUCGGCCUACCAGCUGGCAGCGCUGCAAUAUGCGGUAUUGUGGCAGAGCAGAGGAGUGCCGUGACAGCACAAGGUACUGCGAGAGGGUCCGCCAACUGGAGCUCUGCCCGCUGCCCCAGUUCAAGAGUCGCUGCUGCCACUCCUGCACGAAAACCUGAGGGCCGAGAGACGUGGGACAAGGGUUGGAAAGCUUGGAUGGGACCUAGCGGGAAAAUUUGACACCCCAACUAUCUCUUCUGUGGUCUGUCUCAGAUUAGGUUGCUGAGUGGGGGAGGAAUAUUUGUCUCAUGCCCACAGUGGGUAUGAUUAAUCCUGCUUGAGGAUGUCAUGUGUUGGUUUGAAUUUGAAAGUGACCUUAUGAAAAAGUGGAGGCCUUAAAUUAAGGAUUCGGUUUCAAUUCUUUCUUUUUGGUCUGUUUUAAGUUAACACGAACAGAUUUUCUUUCCAAGUUGUGCAAACCUGAGAUGAGGAACCACUGUGAAUAAUAGAAACAGCAGGUGACAGCAAGGGGAACUACAGACAGUGAUGCACUGACUAAGGACCCACACACCUACCCAGUGAUUAAACUGGUGUCAUUUUAGAACUUCUCUAAACUGCACCAAAGACAUGGUAAUAUGACACAUUUAGAGGAACAACCAAUUUUGCCCAACAAUAUAUUUAUAGUUAACUAUUCUUUUGUCCUCAUUUCCAAAAAUGAUCAGUAAACCCCUAAACCUAUAAAAACAGCUGGAACAGCUGUGUGUUUGUUUUUAUUUAAGUGGCCUACAGUCUUGUCAACUAAAUUGGAGGAAACUUUUGUUUAAAACAAAAACAUUGUGAUGCUUCCAAUAAAUUGGCAAAGAAACUAAUAUAUCAAAAUAUAAUUAGUUUCAGCCAUCUGGGAAAUAAAUUAUAGCCCUUUCCAUGGUUUUGAGUGACCAUCUGUUAGCAGGAUUGCAGGUUUAUUAACCAAAGUUCCUGUAAAAUAGAAAGUACAACAGUGUAAAUAGAACCCCUGCAGAGGUUUGCACUAGGGGAGAUGUAUGUGACUGAAUGUUUUUCAAGAAACAAAAUACAUGUAUUUUGCACUAAUAACUCAUCAAAGUCAUUGUUAAAAACAUGGCUUGCAGAGUUUUUUUUUCUUCAUUUCGUUUCUAAAGUAGAUUGUUUAUAUAUUUUCCUGAAACAUUGUUCAAAAUGUCCUUUUAACCACUAACAUGUUGCUCAUGUAAACAAAGAGGUUUCCUACUUCCAGCACCUUCCAUUUCUGUUGGGUACCAUGGAAAAGAUGCAUGAAAGGUUUUCAAAAAUCUUUAAUUCCAGUAGCAUAAUCUUAACUGAAAGUAAAAGCAGACUUUUAAUUUAAUUUGAUUUUUGUUUCCCUGAGGCAUAAAAAAUUUGCGAUACAGACUUAUAUCUAAUGGGCACUUUUCAAAAUGGGAAGGGCAAGAAAACAUGCCAUUCAAGUAAGGCAGAUGUGUGUUGAUCUGAAUAAGUCAGGAAAAAUCUACAAAAACUCUAAGCCGUAUACAAACAGCUACUGCUACUUGCUCCUAUCAACAAUCCGAGCAAUAAUUAAAUAACUGAUUUAAAUUUAAAGUAUCUGGAAACACUACAUUGCGAGAAGUACUGAGACACCCCUCAAAAUGCAAAUGUUUUGAGACCGAGGUGAGGUCAGUGGCCCUAAACAUACAGCCAGGGGCUACGGUGGGUUGGUUUAGAUCAAAGCAUAUUAAUGUGUUAGAAUGGUAGGGUUGUAGUCAAGAUCCCCUAACUCAAGACCAAGUCAAAACCAAGAGCAAGACCAAAACAAGUGCAAAAUUCUGAGCGAGUCGAGUCCAAGACCUAGUCAAACCCAAUGAGAGACCAUUUUCAAGACCUUUGCUGUAAUUAUAGUAAUGCAAUUGUUGCUGCAAACAUUGUAAGAAAUUCAACCUUUUCCAGGUCAUUUGCAAGCUAAUCUAUAGCAGUGCUCCAGACUGACUGGUUGCAUUGGUGUGUAAAUUAGGUGCACUGCCACAAUAUUUAGAUGAACCCAAACUUGUAAGUAACCCUCAACUACAUGUCAACUGUUCAAUAAAUGUGACAAGCUGGUCACAAGUUGAACAGACAAGCCAGACACCUCUAGAAGCAGAUAUAUCAGCCAAACAUAAACAUGACUUGACAUUAGCUGCAGAGAGUGAAGGUGACAGGUGGAGGUGGAGGACUUUACUCACUUAGGAUCCCUAUUUUCCUGUGUGUUUUGCAGUCAGAAAAACAUUCAUGUACUGACAGUGGAAAAUAUUUCUCCCUCUUGUUUUCACAUCCCUCUCAUCUCACCCUCUGCAUGUAGGGACAGAGAGGAAAGCUUUGAAACUAUUAAAGUUAAGACUUAAUAGGUUGCACUUAAAUGCAGCUAUGGUUUUCCCAGUAGGUUGCAAUUGCUCUUGAUAUCAAAAUGAUCAUGAGACUAAGGCUAAGACUAAAUCAAGGCUUUGAAAAUGUAGUCUCAGGACUGGUCUUGUGUUGAAACCAAUACCAUUCUGGAGUACCCCCCGCUAUAGGAUGGGUCAGUCAAAGUCCAGACCUAAAUCAAAUUUAGAAUCUAUAGAAAGACUUGAAAACUCAGCUUCACAUAUGUUCUACAACCAAUCUGACUGAGCUCAAGAGACAUAGUACAGUCAUACUCAACAAGAUUUACAGUGAAUGAAUGCUCCAACGCCAAACCUUUCGGGUUUAGAUUAAGCAACUGCAUGUCAUAAAAGUUCAUACUGUCUGACCGAUUUAAAUUUUUCUGAAAAAUGUCUGACAUUUGUUAUCUCUUCGAAAUGCUUAAUCAGGUUUCACUUUUAGUUUGUGGACAUUUAAAAACAAUGCCAUAUUCACAUCAGUAAUGUGAAGUGUUGCUGGUUAUUACUAAAGGGAAUUUGUAGAAAUUCGUACUCGUACUCGUCGUCUUCCGCUUAUCCGGGAAAUUGUUAACCAUAGUCUCAUUAUAGUGCUUGAUAGGCAAGGUUUGCACUUUUAGCUCACGAUUUAUCGUCUUCAGGUGCUCAGCAGGAACAGCUGGGUCUUUGAAUGAGGUGUGGAUAUUUUUUUAUAAAACGAGAAAAUGUCACUAAAUGUUGCUCAUGGUCUUAAGUUGUGUACAUAUUUGUUUUGUUUUCAUUUUUUAUUAUUUAUUUUAAUAAAUGUUUAUCUCAAGUUUUGAUUUACUCUGAUCUACUCCCACUGUUUGUAUUCUUCUGCAUGCAGUGGAGGUGUGGGGGGGCCUCUGCUGGUGGCUCUGUUACGAUUUUGUUGCAAAAUAAAACUAAAUAUUUUCCUUUUUAAAA